GGAGGAAGUCUGCUGCUGUGUCUGAGCUGCAGGACUUGGUGUCUCAGGUGAACCUCUGAAUGUCUGCAGUCAGGAUGAGUUCCGUCCAGAAGCUCAGGGAUGUGAUCAGAGAGCGGCUGGUCGCUGCUGCUCAGCAAAUCUUCACGGACUUUGAAAACAGCGUCUUCCUGUUCGAGGAGGAGCUGGACCGUCAGCGGAGACUGCUGGACCUCCCCUGGAGACCACCGAGAAGCUGCCAGGAUCCAGACUGUAGAGAGGAGGAGGUUCUCGCUGAGCAGCAUCUCUGUAACCAGGAGAGGAACUCCAGGUUGGACCAGGAGGACCAGGAGGACCCUCAGCUUCUACAGAUCAAAGAGGAACAGGAGGAACUCUGCACCAGUCUGGAUGGACCGCACCUGGUACGGAACCAGGAGGCAUAUACCUUUAUGCUAUUUCAGUGCAAGUCCAAAUGUGAAGAAUUCUCUGGAGAAAUAUUCAGAAUCUUUGAAAAAACAAUUGUUCGGUACGAGGAGGAGAUUGAUCGGCAGCGCAGACUGCUUGAUGUCAUCUGGAAACCCGAAAUCACGUCUGACACAGCAGACCUCCCCCAGAAACAUGUCUGUUUGGAGCAGCAGGUCAGUAGCCAUGAGAAGAACUCCAGCCUGGACGAGGAGGAACCAGAGCCUCUACAGAUGAAGGAGGAACAGGAGGAACAGGAGGAACUGUGCACCAGUCAGCAGGCAGAGCAGCUUGUCCUGAAGCAGGAGACAGAUUCCUUUAUGGUUACUACUGUUGAUGAAGAAAGUGAGUCCGGUGAAGCUGACAGUGAGCAGCUCGUCUCUCACAGCUCUCCUGUAGCUCAGAUCCCAGGUCAGGAAGGAAGGAAGCCUCUAGACUCAGAAUCAACGAGAAACACAGAGCUGAAGCCAAAGAAGAGACGUGACACAAACAGCAGCAACAAUGUCAGCCAGCCUCCCAUGUUAGAGAGAAGAUGUGAUGCUGACACAGGAAUGAAGACUUUAACAUGUGACUUCUGUGGAAAAGCCUUUAAACAUAAGUCCAAUUUAAAGAUACAUCAGAGAAUCCACACAGGUGAGAAGCCGUUCACUUGUGAAACAUGCGGCAAAAGUUUCAGUCAGAGUAAUCAUUUGAUUGUUCACAUGAGAAUCCACACGGCUGAGAAACCAUAUUCAUGCAACACUUGUGGUAAGAGAUUUCCAGACCCUUCAGCGUUUAAAAGGCACACAGCAAUCCACACAGGUGAGAAGCUCUACACCUGCAGCACCUGUGAGGUGAGUUUCAGUUACAGCCAGUCCCUCAAAGUCCACAUGAGAACUCACACAGGUGAGAUGCCGUACCUCUGUAACAUCUGUGGGAAGAGGUUCAGUCACCUUUCAGCUUUAAAAGCGCAUACAGCCGCUCACACAGGUGAGAAGCUGCAUUCUUGUCCAACCUGUGGGAAGAGUUUCAGCCAAAGUGGUGAUCUGAAAGUCCAUGUGAGGAUCCAUACAGGUGACAAACCGUACUCCUGUGAAACCUGCGGGAAAAGGUUUUCUUCCACAUCAGCAGUGAAAAGACACACGACGAUCCACACCGGAGUGAAGCUGUUUUCCUGUGAAACCUGUGGGAAAAGCUUCAGUCAAAGUGGGAAUUUGAAAGUCCAUCUGAGAAUUCAUGCAGUUUGAAAGUCAGCACCGGAAAUGAGUCUGCUCGUCGUUGGGAACUUGACGGCUCUGCUCGGUGCCUCGGUCUGGACGCGGAUCAGCAGCAGAGAGCCGCGGACGCGCCGGGAAGGACCGGGAGCCAGGUGUUUGGUU